GAUCAAGUCAGAUCAAGUCGCGCCUGGUUCGCGAUGGUGCCGAUGCAAAUUGAUGAGAAUGCGAUUGCGCGCGUGUGCGCGCGCUCUUUGCUCUUUGUGCACUCGAUCGGCGGCGCCGUGACAGGGGGAAUGGCGAUGGAGGAUGCUGCGUACCGCGAGCGACGUAACUCACGAUCUCUCACAUCCAGCCCGUCGCCGAGCGCCGUCUUCUUAGACCUGGACAACACUCUCGUGGAGACGAGGAGAGCGGAUAGUCAGACUUGCCGCAAGUUGGCUGAAGAAUUGACACGAGAAUACGACAUCCCGGAAGAUGCGUCAGCUAAGAUAACGGCUACAUAUCUGAAGCAAUUUAGAAAGUGUCCUGACAACGCGACCCUCACGUUAGACGCUUGGCGUACCAUCCUCUGGAGCAAAGCGCUGGGCCACAAGUACUCGCAUCUAGCAAAAAGAGUUUAUGAAAGAUGGCUCUAUUUAAGAUACCAUUACAUGGCACUGGCGCCAAACACGGUUUCUAUGCUGCGUCAAUUCAAAAAGAAGUAUUUGCUGGGUCUGAUCACCAACGGCCCGUCGAACGCUCAGUGGGAGAAGAUACACAAACUGUCGCUGGAGCAGUACUUCGACGUUAUCCUGGUAUCCGGUGAUCUGCCAUGGGAGAAACCAGAAGCGGAGAUAUUCCAAAAGGCUUGCCAUUUUCUUAACAUAAGACCUGAAGAGUGCAUCAUGGUCGGCGACAAGUUGGAGACCGAUAUUUUAGGUGGGAUUGAAGCUGGACUGUAUGGGACAGUGUGGAUACCAACUACGGAUAAGCCUCGUCUCUCAGGAGACGAUCCUAAGCCAGAUUUUAUAAUAAGACACGUAACGGAACUUCUCCGCAUAUUAGAGAGAGGUCCGAAUGCGCCAGAACUUGAAGACUGUUCUUCAAAUGGGUCCGACGGCAGUUAAUGAGCAGAUGCAUAUUAUAUUAAUUUUUUUUUUUUAAGCGUCUCGAUGCCUAUAAGCAUUUUACGCUGUAUUUAGCAAAAUCUUUUAGAUUUUUGUUGUUUGUGUUAACGUUGUUUUUUUUUUCUAUUAUAUGUGUUAUGUAUGCGAUAGCACUCAGACGUAAACGUAGAUUGUUUUAAUACAUUAACUAAUAUUAGAAAUUUUUUUUUUAAAGUUUGUAUGACUUUAUCAUAGUCUACAGUUUUAUAACUUUUACGAAUUUUUCAUGGAACACUAUAGUGAUAUAAUCUGAGUAUAUCGAUACAAAUAUACAGUCUUACAUUUCGUACAUUAAAUAUGAAAAAGCAACUUAAAUGAAACUAUUUUGAUAAUGUUCUAUAACAUUUUAUUAAACUUGUUUUAGAUGACGAGAGAACCACCGCAUGUAUAUUAGUAGUAAUUUAGUGACUUAUUGAAUUAAUAUCGCAAAUAGAUGCCAAGUGAGAUAUUUUUCAGUUACCUUUUCGAAGUUACCUUCUCGAAGUAACUAGUGUACCGAAUAAGGGAGAGAAGAAACUCAUGUACAAACAAAAUGCACAAACAGAGCCAGUAGUUAUAGAUAAAUGAACAAAUAACAUGGCAACUAUAUAACUAUUUUAACGUCCAUAUAACUUAAAAAAAAACCGCGCUGUAAUAUAUGUAUUUAAGAGAUGUUUGCAUAAUAUAUAAAUUUCCUGUUGUACAAACGCAUAACAUUUGUGUAUCUGUACAUAGAUAUGCAUACGGAACGUUGUACAUGUGCGGCUAUAGUAUAUAUAUAUAUAUAUAUAUGGGUAUCUAUUUUUUCAUAUGUAUAUUUUAUCUCUGUUGAAUUCAGUUUGUUGGAUGUUCUAUGAACCAUAGAUCCUCAUACAGACAUUGUGAAACCUGCGAUAAAAGAGAAUGUACUUGAAUAAAAGAUAUAUAUGAAUGUGAGAGAUAAAA